CACUUUCCCUGCCUCCUCCUCCUCCUCCUCCUCCUCCUCCUCCUCCUCCUCAUCUUCGCUUCCUCCACCUCGCGGUCCUUUCAGAUCCAACGUCAGGUCGUUUUUAACUGAACACGCGCUGUUACCUCCCCCCUCCUCGCUUUUCCCCCAUCUGCUCACAUGGCAAAUCUCGUUUCGAGUCGGCGACUUAGUGGAGUCUGGUGGUGGAGAGGCGGGGUCGGCGGUGGUUUCUUUGGAUGUGGUGGAGGAGGAUGUGGCUAGAUCUAGAACUGUUUACUGUGAUCAGUGUCGAGUUGUUGGUGAGUUAACUCAGCUCGAGUUACUGAAAAACGCGUUAUUUUUCCUUCACGCUUUCUCUUCCCUUGCCAUUCGUUGGUCGGGGCGGGAAACUCGAGAGCUCUCUUGUUAUGUGUGUGUCUCUCUCUCUCUAGUUUGUUUUUUUUUUUACUUUUUGUGAAAUAAAUAAAAAAUAAAAUACCGCGCCAUAUCACGUGAUCGUCUCGUGAGAGUGCCUAUUGAAUGAGUGAACGAGAAGAUGGUAACUUAUCGUGAGAAAUUGGCGGUGUUGUGUGACUUGGAUGGACGGGUAAUGUGGGGCCCAGAGCAAUAAUGACAAAAGACAAUGAUCUGGUGUAGAUUAAUGUUAUCUCAGUUAGGAUAGACAUGUCUUGUUGACACGUGGCGCGCUUUGGGUCGCUGCUUUUGUUGUUUUCCUUUUUUUAUUGAUGGGUGCUAUUGCGUGACAGCUAUUCUCAGCAUUUUUUGGCGGGUAAUGCAGCAUGCCUGCUUGUCUUGUUGUGGUGGCCAGCCUUUGGUUUAGUUUUGGUGGGACCGUAUCGUGCAUGCACCUGUGUUGCCUUCUUUUGAUGGGGAUCAUGAAUUUGUUUUUGGUUGUAAAACCCAUGUUGUGCUUUGACUAUUCCAGUUGCUUGGGCAAUAAUGCUUGGUUGUGGAAUGGAUAAUGAGUUGACGGUACUGUUGUCUUUGAAUAGGAUAUUUCGUUUUGUGGUCUCAACUGGGGUAGUUGGUGCUUGGUAGUUGACCAAAUUUAAUUUCCUUUUUUGAAUGUUUUGAUGCGUCUAGAAGUUUGUAAUGUUGGCCAUGGAAUGAUUUUUUUCCCCUUAAUGUAAAACUGGUAUUCUAAAGAUGGAUGAGAGUGGACUCAAUCUUGUAGCUUAUGAAAGAAUGAUGAAGUUAUGGGGUUAAACAUGGGGCCACUUUGGAGUAUGACUGUUUGAUUGCUUUCUGAGGAAAAAAUUGUGGGUGAUAGAUUAACUUAUGAUGUGUUUAGUUGAACAUAAUGUCAUCUGAUGGACUUAGAAGGUUGGAGUGAACAUCCAGUAUGCAGUAAGCGUUACCAUUUUAUCAUUAAAGGUGACGGUAACUCGAUUGGUGGGUAUCAUAAGCCAUGCACUUGCUGCGGAGACAUCCUGCAUUUGUCUGAAUCAAGGUGCAAGGCAUGUGACCAUGUAAUAACUGCAGAUGAUGUAGAAGAGUGGGUCUAUCACCAGUUGGAAGACACCACUCAUCUUUUACAUGGGGUCAUCCAUGCAAAUGGUUACGGGCACCUUCUUAGGGUAAAUGGCAAAGAAGGGGGCUCCAGGGUCCUUUCUGGAUGCCAUAUCAUGGACUUUUGGGAUCGGUUAUGUAAAAGUCUUGGAGUCAGAAAGGUCAGUGUGAUGGAUGUAUCAAAGAAGUAUGGUAUAGAGUACAGGCUACUUCAUGCUAUCACUAAAGGCCAUUCGUGGUAUGGUGACUGGGGCUAUGAGUUUGGUGCUGGCAGUUUUGGUUUGACAGUUGAUGCCUAUAAGCCAGCUGUUGAAACACUCUCCAGCCUACCUGUGUCCAUCUUUCUUUCCGAAGGACAGAAAACACACACUCGCUUGCAGGAUACAAUAAAGUUUUACCAAUCUUUGUCAGAUCAUGAGCUUGUAAAUACUAGAGAUCUUUUCUGUUAUUUGACAAGUUUGAUCCACGAUGCUCACAAGUCUACCUCAGGGGUUGAUGAUUCUAGUUGCAAGAAGUGUCCUUUUUAUGCACCAGGGAUUUCUCCUUCAUGGACUCGGGGUGAUAUUGAACGUGUUGAAGAAGCCAUGUUUAGAGUACUACGAGCAGUGUCUGGGUCCAACUGGGUAAGUUGGCGUGCACUUAGAGGCGCUGUUUUCAAAGUGGCUCCUCCAGAGCUCCUUGAUCAUUGCCUGAAAGAACUUGGAGGGAAAUUUGCAGCUGAUGGAAUGAUUGUUAGCUCUCGAUGCAAUCCUAGUUCGGGUGCUUUUGAGUACAGACUGGAACCUGGAAAUCCUUCCUUAAAUAGCACUGCUGCUGCCAUUGGCUCUACUGUCAUUACCUGCCCUUCUGAAGAAAACCUUAUACAGGACCUGAGAUUCCUUUAUGAAAACAUGCUACUCCCUCAAACAAUGUUGAGCUUUGGACAUGAGGUCACAAGUGAUGCUGGGAUCAUCUCAGCCAGGAAACUUCUGGACUGCAAGCAGUUCAUGAAGGACUACAACAAGUGUGAAACAACGGUGGCGUCUGUACCAAAUACUAUAUUCCUGUCAUGUGAGGUGGAGAUUGUUGAUCAGUUGGAAGAAAAUGUCCCAAAUCUUCCCCCAGAAACAGUAGUCUUGCCUUCAAAUGCUACAGUAUUUGAUCUCAAGCGAGAAGCAUCCAGGGCGUUUCAAGAUGUGUAUUUGAUGUUCAGAAGAUUCCAUGCUGAAGAGCUUCUCGGCUAUAGUGGUGUUGAUGAUUCCACCCAGGUCAAGCUCUUGAUAGGGUCAGCUGAAUCUGUUCAGUUCCGAGGGAGAUGCCUCGGAAAAAAUGGUCUUGGUAAAUUUAGAAUGGAAAGAGGAACCGAGGGAUGGACUGUGGACUGCUGCUGUGGGGCAAAAGACGAUGAUGGAGAGAGAAUGUUAGCUUGUGAUGUCUGUGGAGUGUGGCAACACACCAGGUGCUCUGGCAUUCCGGAUUCUGAUUCAGUGCCUGCCAAGUUUGUCUGUCUUAGAUGUAGAGGAUCCAGCCUCUGAAGAGACGAUAACUUACCACGUUGGUGGCAAUGGCAGAAGCUGUGGAAAGAGGAUGUCGCCAAAAAUCAAGAGGCUGUAAAUGUUCUCUUUUCCAUCGUUUUCACAGGCUAGUUUUCCCUCCAAUGCUAGGGUGAAUAUGUACACAUCAAAUGCAAUCGUGGUCUCUCUUUCCAGCACUUGUCUGGUCUGGUGUUUGUCUUUUCUGUACAUAAACCCUAACCGAGUAAAAAAAAAGAAGGAAUUAGCAUGGA